AUGACCACCCAAGUACAACCCAAGAGCCGGACCGUCACCGCCAACGGCAUCAACCUGCAUUAUCUCGACUGGGGCGCCGAGGGCAAUCCUCCGCUCGUCCUCCUGCACGGCCUGCGCGGGCACGCCCACGUUUGGGACGACGUCGCGGAAUGCCUGUGCGGCGACUAUCACGUCUAUGCCGUCGACCAGCGCGGGCGCGGCGACACCGACCAUGCUCCGGGCGGCGACUAUUCCGGCGAUGCUUUCGUCGCCGACCUGCUCGGUUUCGUCAAUGCCAUCGGCCUGGAAAAGUUUGUCCUCUUCGGCCACUCCAUGGGCGGCCGCAACAGCCUGGCUUUCGCCGGUGCCCAUCCCGAAAGGCUGGAACGCCUUUGCAUCGUGGACAUCGGCCCGCGCAUCGAACCCACCGGCGGCAACCGCAUCACCGAAGAACUGCGCGGACUCCCGCCUGGAUUCGAUAACUUCGAGGACGCGCUGGCCCACGUCCAGGCGGCGAACCGCUUCGCGUCGGAACCCGUCAUGCGCCGCCGCCUCGCGGGACAGACCCGGCAACUACCCGACGGCAAGAUCGAUUGGAAAUUCGACCCCGCCAUCCGCGAGCAGCGCAUCAACGGCACCGCCGCUCCCGCCGCUGACCUCUGGCCCGCGCUGGAAAACAUCACCUGCCCUACCCUGGUGGUUCGCGGCACGGAAACCGACCUGCUCACCCAGGAUACCGCCGACCGCAUGGUGGACACCCUGGCCCAGGGCAGCAUGGUCAACAUCGAACGCGCCGGCCACAUGGUGUUUGAGGACAACCCGUCCGACUUCAUUACCGCCGUAAAGUCCUGGCUCACCGACUGA